AUGCGAUGUGAUGCAAAGAAACCCAAGUGCUCUGGGUGCUCUAUGCACAAUGUUGCCUGUGUAUGGACACCAGGUCUGCCUACAGGGAAGACCCAGCCCAAAUCUAGCAGGCAGGAUAGUGGUACGAAUGAUGACCGCUUCGUGAACAUCGAAGACCGUCUACGAGCGAUCGAAGCCCAUCUAUGGCGGACUGCUUCAGCCCCAGAGUCAGGUACCGGUGGACAACAUGGGGCAGAUUCAUUUAAUGAAUACUCUCCUUCGCCGUCAGUCAUCGCCGCAGUCAGUCCCAGCCAUGGCAAUGAUUUACAAGGCUUUUACCAGCAUGAGGCUGAAGAUUUCCCUCUUCCUCCUCGGCAUGAGAUCGAGCCACUCAUCUCGGACUACUUCAAAGGUUUCAACCAGGCAUUACCCUUGUUUAGCCAAGAAGGCUUCAUGGGAAUGCUCCAAGAAUGGUAUCAGCGCCCAACUCAACGAGACCAAGCAUCUUGGUCUGCAAUAAAUGUGGUCAUCGCUUUGUCUCUGCGAUAUGCCGCAUCUGAAGAUACCAUCUCCAGAGGCAAUAGGGAUACUAUGGCUUCCACCUGCCUCAGUAACGCCCAGUCCACCAUCGAAAGUCUCGUGUAUCGUGAUCAAGAUCUGAAAGGAUUGCAGGUUCUCUUGGGUUUGGUCUUCCUCUUCCAGGGCACUGCUCAUCCUCACCCUACCUGCGUUUUGACUGCUACCGCUGUCAAGCUAGUCCAUCGACUCAGGCUUCAUCGAAAGAGCGACAUGAAUUAUCGAGAUUCUGUUGAGCGGGAUCGCCUAUUCUGGAUCGCCUACAUAAUCGAUCGAGAUAUCUCGGCCCAUACUACUGAGCCAUAUCUGUUGCAGGAUAAUGACAUUGAUGUUGAUGUCGACGGAUGUACAGAUUCCAGCGACACGGCCGGAUAUCUAUUCGCAGGCAGCGAGGGACUUCGCAUCAACUUUCUCCAGCUUCGCAUUCAAUUGGCUCACACGCAAGGCAAGGUAUACGAACUCGUUCACUCUGUUCAAGCCUCGAGAUUCUUCGCAGGUCGAAGACGGGGGGCCACUGACCGUCUACAUCGAAUGCUGGAAGAGUGGUACAGCAAGAUCCCUGAACACUUCACAGUUGGAAAAGCUGCUCUGCUGGAACAUGUCCCACGAAGGCAUUGCAUCUCACUUCACAUUGCCUACUAUCAGUGUCUUUUCUCAGCUCACCGGGUUCAUGCCCCCAACAUGACUUGGGUGCAGCGCUUGAUAGACUUUAGUGAUGGUCUUGAACGAGAUGACAUAGAUGACUCGGAGGCAGGCCCUUCGUUACUACCACCAUAUUGGCCAACCCUGGUGGAAGCCGCAAGGUCAUUUCUGGCACUGUUGGAUCUCAUCGAGGUUCAUGAUUCUGCGUUAAGAUGGAGCGCAAUUUGCACUUGCCAAGCCGCAAUCAUCAUCCUAGCAGCAAACAAUCUGGCCAUCUCCAAGCAUGACCUCCAUGACCAGAUCGAGGCCGAUGCUGAGAAGACAGAGAACAUCCUCAAAACGGUAGAGCAGCGGCUCGGCGAGUUUGGUGAUGAAUCGGUCAGAAUGAUGUUUGCAGUAUGCUCUGAUCUAAGCAGCAGAGCGGCAUUGGCGGUCAACAGGUUUCGUGAAACUUCAGCGUCUAGAUCAGUCUGGGAGGAGGAGGAAGUGGACUUAUGA